AUUAAUUUUACUGCGAUUUGCUGUUUACUGAUGUGACAAGGUAGUUGGCGUGUGGAAGGGGGUAAAAUGCCGUUCAAAUCUUUAUACUGCUCUGCCGCACCUGUCACAUUGCUAAAUGUCUGUCAUGACUCCUGUCAACUGACAGAUUGACAUUAAUCGAUGAUGUUCUAUAAUGAAAAUUGAAAUUUUAUAUUAAACUACAAUUAAAAUUUAACACAAAACUCAUCAGUAAAAUAACAUUACUUAACUCAGAAAUUAAAGUACUUGGUCCCUUCCUCGCUAGUAAUGUCAUUUCCCAGACUUCUGUAAAUAACUAUCAAAAAUUAGUGCUAUGCAAUUUUUAUUAUUAGCUACUGCACAAAAUAUAUUAUGGGAACUUCUAAUUAACACUAUGCAUCCAGUUUACUUGCUUCAGUACUUUUAGGUUUGUCUGCCUCGGUACUAUAAACAAUUCAAAAUGAUGUUAGAACAGUACAAGUACAACUACGUUCUUACCGCAGUAUUUUUACACAGAAAGUAUCUAUUACGAAGCAACUGGCAUUCUUCGGGAACAGAACCAUCCGAUACCGACAAGCAAUGCUGGAGUUUCUUCUUAUGCUGCAGUAAAACAAGUAGAAUAAAGAUUUACAAAGAGAGGCAAUUUACCAGUUUUACACAGUUGCUAUUUAGGAGGCAUUUGCGUAAAUCUUCCCUAACUUGUAAGCAAACGUCUUGUUCUUUCUUGUCUUGCCUUUGGAUGCUCAUUUUGAGGUUAUAAGUUAUAUUUUUGUCAUUUUAAUUUGCUGUGUUUUUGUGUUGUUCACAAUUUAAGCCUUUGGGGUUCUUCCACAGCAAAAGUUGAAUUUUUAGGUUAAGAACACAAAGCCCCAAAUGAAGUUAUUAAAAUUUAGAGGAGCACCACAACAGCUCUAUUUAAGUACCAGGUCUCAACAUGAAUGGAUUCAACCUGUUGGUUUUGACACUGGCAUAAAAGUGUACAAUUGCGUAGCAAGGGGAAAUGUUCCUUUCAUCGUCCGCAACAAGAAUUUCGUUACAUGGUACACAUGCGGCCCGACGGUUUACAACUCGGCUCACAUAGGCCAUGCUAGUUGUUUCGUAAAGCUUGACAUAAUUAAACGCAUAUUACAACGCGAAUUUUCAUUAAACUUGAUCACCGCAAUGAAUAUUACCGAUAUUGACGAUAAGAUUAUCAACAGAUCGAUUGCAACUAAAACACCUAUUAGCGAUCUUGUGAAAUUUUACGAAGACGAAUUUUGGGAGGACAUGCGGAAAUUAAACGUUCUCAGACCUCAGCUUGUUAUGCGUGUAAGUGAAAAUAUUUCGCUUAUCGAAAAAUUCAUUAUGAGAUUACUGAAUAGCGGGGAUGUUUACAAGGGCAGUGACGAAUCGUUACUAUUUCAAAUUAAAAAUUAUGGGAGACUACAGAACGUAAAUUCGGAGCAGUUGGCCAAUUUUACUGUGUGGAAGGCGGCGAAAAAGGAACCAUUUUGGACUACACAAUGUGGAUCUGGACGACCUGGAUGGCACACGGAAUGCUCGGCGAUAGCCAGCUCGAUUUUUGGUUCCGAAAUCGAUAUUCACGCAGGUGGUAUUGAUUUGAAGUUUCCUCAUCACGAGAACGAAGAGGCGCAAUGCUGCGCUUACUUUUCAAAACAGCAGUGGGUGAAUUAUUGGCUGCAUACUGGGCAUCUAAUGCAAAAUUCAGUCAAGAUGUCGAAAUCGCUACAAAACACCAUGACCAUUAGCGAAAUGCUUCAAAUUUGCAGUGGAGAUGUUUUUAGGAUGAUGUGCCUAAUGUCACAUUAUCGUAAACACAUGGAGUUUAGUGAGGAAUAUAUGCGUGCCGCGAAAGCUCAUCUGGAGACGUACAAAAACUUUUUAAUCAAUUGUAACGUGAUUAUUAGCAAUCCAGAGAAGCCUCAUGUUGAAGCAGCCUUGAUACUUCAGUGCGUGCAAGAAAGCGUGGAAAAGAUGUGUAGUGCACUUAAAGAUGAUUUUGAUACAGCAGAAUGUAUUAAAAUUAUUAAUAAUUUAAUUGUGAAUAUUAAUAAAAUGCUCCAUAACACAUCACAAAUGGGCAAUUUACAAGAAAUUACCCCACUCGUUAGUGCAUGUAACUUUGUAACAAAUACCCUGGAGAUGUUUGGAUUUAAUUUGAGUACAACCCAAGAUGUGAAUCAAAAGAGUAAUGAUGUUGAACUUUUAAACAUGUUAACGGAAUUUAGGCAUAAUGUAAGAUUAACAGGUCUCGAAAUUAAAAAUUCGAAUUUAAUUAGUUUAUGUGAUGGACUUCGUAACGAUCUGCAUAAAAUAGGUGUCAGUGUUAAAGAUCAGAAACACGCAUCUAUUUGGACUAAAAUUUGAAGCUGAAUGUUGUUUAUAAAAUACACAU